AUGAAUCGAGCAAGGAAACGCGUCCAAGCUCUCCCACAAUGGAAACAGCUUGAUGCCAAAAUGAAAUCAAUGUUUGAAACAACUUCACUAGAGGUUGCACUUGCGGUGGUCACCGACCUCGAUGUUUGUCACGCCGGCCGAAGCCAUUCGAGACGGGCGACAACAGCUUUGAAGCCAUUCAUCUCAUACCUCGGCGAGUACUUUCCGGCAAUCGACGCCCUUGCCCAAAUGAACACCACCAUCCUGUCGCCAAUAUGGGGUUCGUUGCUCCGUAAAUUCGCCGACUUCUACGACGAAAUUGCUGACAUGAUCAAGCGCAUCACUGACUCCUUGCCACGUAUGAGGACAUAUGCGGAGCUACAUCCUGAAUCCAAGACGUUGCAAGAUGCACUCGCUAAUGUCUACGCCGCUAUGCUAGAAUUCUUUAUCACUGUUGCAUAUUACUUGCAAGAUUAUAAUCCGAAAAUCUCCCAGUCCUCAGCUUUGGGGAAACUCAAGGAGAAGUUUUCUAGGUCUGCUUCUCACACGUCCAAGAGUGUCAAUGUGGCGUUCAAUGCCGAGCUACGGUCCAGUUUGAAUCGUAUUAUCAACAGUAUUGUUUACGAGAUGUCAAAUCUUGAGCUUGAGGCGCGAUCGAAUCACGAGCUUCAGAGCGCCACCUUUCGCAACUAUGCGCUGCACGAACUGGACUUAACUCACAAGGCCAAUGUCUCGAGCGACUGGCACAACUUAUUCGAAUGGCUGAGUGCUGAUGACGCGGAUUAUCGACUUCGCUUAAGCCGUGCUCGCGACCUUCGACAUGAAGGCACCUGCAGCUGGAUUGAUGCUAAUCCUGCUAUUAGAUCCUUUCUUGGACAUCAGAAGUCAAGAUCGGUCUGGGUCACCGGUAAAUUGGGAAGUGGGAAGACCGUAAUGAUGGCAUAUCUCGUGGGCAAGAUUCAAGCGUCCACACAACAUAAUAAUUACGAAGACAGAAUCGCAUAUUUCUUCUGCGACAAUAAAGCUUCUGCAGAAUCCGGCUCUACCGCUCUUGCCCUCCACCGCGCAUUGAUUCAACAGCUGAUACACGGGCAAAUCCAAAAUCAGAGAGUCCUAGAUAUUGUCAUGGGAGCGUUCAACCGCCGUUUUGCCCGACUGGCUACAUUGGAAGAGCUUGAAGAGCUCCUCAGCCACCUAAUAUUGCACUGGACAACCACCUCAGCCUAUGUCUAUCUAUUCGUGGAUGCACUUGACGAAUCACCUGAAUGGCGGGAAAUAUUACAUCAGGUUAAUCGUCUUAUCAGCGGGUCCUCAGGCUCAGAUUACCUCAAAAUAUGUGUGGCCAGUCGCCCUCAGAUCGAGGUUGCAAAGAUUCUUUCAGGUGUCCAAAAAAUUGUCAUGUCUUCCGAGAACAUCGAUGCAGAUAUUGCAAAGAUAGUGCCGACUUGUGUUAAACAAAUCACCGAGCACCACGGCAUUUCGGAUACAACGACUGAGGCAGCCAUCACCAAAUCGCUGACUAAAGCUAAUAACGGUCUGUUCAUCUGGACCCGCAUGAUGACCGAAUUCCUGUUGCAACUACCCAGCCUUUCUGAUGUCAGCUCAGUUCUCGAUAGCAACCCUGAUGGAUUAACGGAGCUGUACCUCAACAUACUUUCCAAUAUCGCUGGGAAGCUCAAGAAGCAGCGUCGGAAAUUUGAGCUGUCUCGGAAAAUAUUCACCUGGUUAUCUUGCAGUUUGAGGCCAUUGAGCGUUAAUGGUUUAGAAGAGGCCGUAGCCCUUGACUCCACUGGCGCACAAAGCAACACACGCCUGUUUGAGAAGCUUGUGCCUGAAAUAUGUGGUCCAUUCGUUGAGUUAGCACUUCUUAAGUCCAACGGUGACCCCGAGUCUCUGUGCCUGCAAUUCGUUCAUCUGAGUGUCAAGGAGUUUUUUCUCACCCAAGGAACAUUUUGUGAUAGCUCAGCAGAAGUUCCUGCCGACUGUGAGGCCUUCUUCGCCGAGGAGAAAGCAGCGCAUUGUUGGGCUGCAGAACGCUGUCUCGACUAUUUGUUAUCUCAGGGCCGCGGUCUGAAGUUGAAGACACGCACAAACGAGGGUUGGAAUCCGAAUCGCUUUGGAUUCUAUGAAUACAGCACUUUGAAAUGGAUAUCUCAUUUUGUUUCUUCUGGGCAGCUCGGAAUCCCUUUGCUGGCAAAGCUGCAGGCUUUCAGGGAGUCACCACAAGCUCUCAUUUGGCUGAACCACGCAAGAGCUGUGAGAUCACAGAAUGAGACCACCAGUGGCAAUAUACUUCUGUUGCAGUCAUAUUUAAAUGGCUGGUCGGAGAACAUCGCUGGAAGCAAGACCGAAAAUGGUGGAGGUUCAAGCCAGCAUGGCUGGCUCCGAGAAUAUCUGGUCAAUCUCUUACAAAAGAUGGCAGAGAAUGCGAUUUUGGACCACGGAGAACUGAGCUCGCAAUACUCCAAUGCAACUCACUUACUUGCUGCAGUGCUUGCGUUGCAAGGUCGAAACAAUGAGGCGUCGAAGCUGUUCCACCGGUGCAGGAUGAUCCUCGAGCAGCUCGAACCAAGCAAUGAGGAAGUUCAACUUCAGUUGUGGGAAGUCACAGCCUCUCUCAUACGCAUCUACCGUAUCCAAGACCAACUACAGGAAGCCCUUGACCUAUACAGUGACCUGAGACAUCGAUUUCCCGCUCCAAAACUCCACAACAAUGAGGAGAUUCGAAUCUACGAAAAUCUGGCGUUGCUACAGAGGAGCCUUGGAGCCUUGUCAGAGUCCGAGUCGACUUACAAGACGGUCUUCAACGCUUGGGCAUCACUCCAUGGCGGCGAAAGUACUAAUACGCUCCGGGCUGUUGACGGACUCGCCGCCGUCCAUGACAUGCAGGGACGGUUGCACGAAGCCGAGAAAUCUUACACCCGAGUGCUUGAAGCAUACGGCAAGAUACUAGACCCUUCCCACCCAGAAUGCCUACGAACUUUACAUAACCUCGGAUCGGUCUAUGAGUACCAAUGCCGAUUCGAAGAAGCAGAAACGGUUUAUCGACAAGCGUGGGAGGGAAGAUCUAGACUUAUAGGUCCAUCCAAGCCACAGACACUCACUACCAUGCACAACCUUGCUCUCGUUCUGGAACAGCAGGAGCGCCUGGAAGAAGCAGAAGAAAUGUGCAAGGACGUCUUGGAACACCGAACCAAAGUACUAAAAGACCCUCAUUCGGAUAUCGGACGGGCCCAAAACAGUCUCGGUUCUGUCUACAUGCGACUUGGCAGAUUUGACCUCGCUCAGACCCUAUUUGAAGGUGCUCUGGACACCAAGCAAAGGUCGCUACCAGGAAGUCAUCCGUCGAUAAUGGUGACGCAGAAUGCAAUUGCUUGCCUCGAGAUCUAUCAGGGUCAUUACGCAGAAGCUCUUGAACUUCUCAAUCUGGUUUAUGAAGCCUGGGUGCAAGUCUUUGGUGCAAAUCACCUGUCCGCCUUGUCGAUACAACACAACGCUGGAAUUGCUUAUGCAGGGCUGCGGGAAUGGGAAGCGGCGGCAAAAAAAUUUAGGAUAGCUUGGACGGGAAGAUCCGGGGCCCUGGGCCCGAACAACAUCCUUACUCUCCGGUCAAAGGUCAAUUUGGCUUCUGUAAACGGAUGGUAUUUGUCACAGUCUGAUACAAAUGGAUCUUGCGACUCUGAUCUUCAAUUCCAAACAGACAAGCAAGCGGAGCAGCCUUUACUUCUGCUGGAAGAAGCUAAUGAUCAACACAAGGACGCGACAUCGAAUCACCUUAUCGAGAGAACUACUCGCAACCUUGACAAGGCAAUAGUGAUGAACAACCUUUUGACACUAUACAGGGAAGAUGAUGGCGCCGAUAACGCAUCCAAAAGGUCUCAUCUCUCAAAAGAGCUGAAGCAGGUCCUCUCCGAUAUUGCUGGCCAAGAUUGUGUGCAUGACAUCCUCUCGAAAAAGAUUUUAGCGUUCGUUUCCAGCAAUAUCGAAAGAGAUACAAGUGGGAUAAUUUUCGACAAUCGGCCGGAAAGGCUACGUGAUAUCAGAUGA